CUGAGGCGCCGCCGCCGAGCCAGAGCGCGCCGGUCUUUCGUCGAGGCCGGACGCGCGGCUCAGCGGGCCGAGCCCAAGUCGUCGUCGUCGUCCCUUACCGAAGAAGCCGAGGCCGGCCGUGCCUCGCCCGGCACCCCGAGGCCCCAGGACAUCCUCUGCGCUCUCUCUCUCGGUGUGUCGCGCACCCGCACACAAAUCGUCGCCCGUCGGAAACCGAAGGCCACCGGGUCCAGACGUUUCCCCCUCCCCAGCCCCGGCUGCUGCAGAGCCAACAUGCCCAUCACUCGGAUGCGCAUGAGGCCCUGGCUAGAGAUGCAGAUUAAUUCCAACCAAAUCCCAGGGCUGAUCUGGAUUAAUAAAGAGGAGAAAAUGUUCCAGAUCCCAUGGAAACACGCUGCCAAGCAUGGCUGGGACAUCAACAAGGAUGCCUGUCUGUUCAGGAGCUGGGCCAUUCACACAGGCCGAUACAAAGCAGGGGAAAAGGAGCCUGAUCCCAAGACAUGGAAGGCAAACUUUCGCUGUGCCAUGAACUCCCUGCCAGACAUCGAGGAGGUAAAGGACCAGAGCAGGAACAAAGGUAGCUCAGCUGUGCGAGUCUACCGGAUGCUUCCACCUCUGACCAAGGAUCAGAGAAAAGAGAGAAAGUCCAAGUCCAGCCGAGACACCAAAAGCAAGAUCAAGCGGAAGUCAUGCGGGGAUUCCAGCCCUGAUAACUUCUCUGAUGGACUCAGCAGCUCCACUCUGCCUGAUGACCACAGCAGCUACACAGCUCUGGGCUACAUAGGCCAGGACCUAGAGAUGGAGCAGGCCCUUACUCCAGAAGAGGCUGCUGGUCUGGCAGGGGAACCCACAGCACUGUCACCAUGUGCCGUCACUAGCACUCUCCCUGACUGGCACAUGCCAAUGGAAAUUGUGCCAGACAGCACCAGUGAACUGUACAACUUCCAAGUGUCUCCUAUGCCCUCCACCUCUGAAGCUACAACAGAUGAGGAUGAAGAAGGGAAAUUACCUGAGGACCUCAUGAAGCUUUUUGAACAGUCAGAGUGGCAGCCAACGAACGUGGAUGGCAAGGGGUACCUGCUCAAUGAACCUGGAACCCUGUCCACUUCUGUGUAUGGAGACUUCAGCUUCAAGGAGGAGCCAGAAGUUGACAGCCCUGGAGGGGACAUUGGGCUGAGCCUACACCGAGGCUUCACAGAUUUGAAGAACUUGGACACCAUCUGGCUGGACAAUCUUCUGACCCCAGUCAGGCUGCCCUCCAUCCAGGCCAUUCCUUGUGCACCAUAGCUGGGCCCUCCCCUCUUGCUCCACUGAGUGAGCAGGGCCCAGGCAUCAUGGCAGAUGUGUUGCAGAGAAACUGGACUCCUGUGGGCCCCUUGGCAUAACGAAGUGUGAUUCCACUGCCAAGCAGGGUUGGGACCACCCUUCUUGGGUUAGUGGACGCUCAGGGCUUAGCAGGCCAGGGGUUUGGGCUUGUCCUGACUCUGCCUUCUGGGAAGAUGGGGUUGGGAUUCUGAGACUGGUUUAUCAGUUGAGGACUUGGACAGGAAUUGGCCUCUAUUUUCUAUCUCAGCCCAACUUCCUGGAAAAGGUUUUGCUGUCACUGAGCUGGCCCUGAGGGGAACAGACAGUGACCUCGGAAGAACGUAGCAUCAGCCCCUGGGCUGACUCUGCACUAGGAGACAAUUGCACUAAGUGAAUCCUGUUCCCAAAGAAUGCUUCCCUUCCCAGCUGAGCCCUGGGGUCUGUUCCAAAGCCAGUGAAAUGUGAAGGAAAGUAGGGUUCUUUGGGGCAGUCCUCCCUCAGCCUUAGGGGAGCUCUGCCCUGCUCCUGCUCCUGCUCCUGAAGUGCUGAGGGGCUUGGGAAAAAACAUGGCACUUUUUCUUGUGGACCUUGCCACAGUUUUGAUCAGAGUGUACACUAACAUGUCCCCCAAGCUCUUGGCCUUUGUGUUUAUUUAUACAGUGCCUUUCCCGGUGCUUACCUCCCCCUUAGGUCCCGCAGCCCUCAGCAGGCCCAGGGAGGAAGUGUGAGCACCUUGGUGUGACUUCGGAAAUUGGAGACUCAAAUCUAAUUACUAAGUCAUGUGUGACAACAUAUGGAUAUGUAUGUAAAUAUGUACAUUUGGCUUUUUAUAAAAGUUGUUUACAAGAA